UGUGUGGACUCAGUCUUUUUUAAUUCACCAGAGCCCUCUAACGGGUUAUUCUAGUUUGUCUAGAAUUACGUUUUUCAACAUGGAAUACUUUCCUUAAAGGAGGGAAGGCUGCAAAAGCAGCAGUUUCGGCGAAGUUAUGACGGAGUUCUGGCUGGUUUCUGUCCCGCUGGACAAGAACAGUUUGCAGUCAACGGAGAAAUUGAAACGUGCUGCAUCCAAAGCCAGUCUAGCCUCAAGCUUCAGGUUCCCAAUACCAGAUCUGAAGGUGGGCACACUGGACACCCUGUUGGCUCUGUCGGAUGACCUUUCCAGGCUUGACACACAUGCAGAAAGUGUGAUGCGGAGAACAUCCCAGUGCAUGGCCGAGGUCAUGGAGCAGACGGACAAGCUCCUGGAGAACGCCCUGGCCAAUGGAGUGGACCUGGCCAGUUAUGUGACACGUUUCCAGUGGGACAGGGCCAAGUAUCCCACUGCUGUACCUCUCAAAAGUCUCACAGAAAUCAUCUCCAGGCAAGUGUCUCAGGUAGAAGCAGAGCUUAAGACUCGAAAUGCCACCUAUUGUAAUGUGAAAGCCAGUCUGCAAGGCCUUGAACGUAACACAGAAGGGAGCUUACAGACUCGCAACUUAACUGAUAUUGUGAAGAAAGAGGACCUGGUUUUGGGUUCUGAAUACCUCACUACUUUGGUUAUAGUUGUGGCCAGGGCUAGCUAUAACCAGUGGGAGCACACCUACGAGUCCUUGUCUCAGUUUGUUGUUCCUCGCUCGAGUCGAAAAAUACUGGAAGAACAAGAAGGGGCUAUAUUCACUGUCACCCUGUUCAAGAAAGCUGUGGGUGAAUUUAAAGCUAAUGCCAUAAAGAACAAGUUUGCAGUGAGAGAGUUCAGCUUGGAGGAGGCAGAGCGACAGAAACAGGAAAUGGGGCGCCUCAUCGUGGACAAGAAAGAGCAAUAUGGUACCUUUGUGCGCUGGCUCAAAGUGAACUUCAGUGAGGUCUUUGUAGCCUGGAUACACCUGAAGGCUCUCAGGGUGUUUGUUGAAUCUGUUCUCAGGUAUGGUCUGCCAGUCAGCUUCCAGGUGAUUCUACUCCAGCCAGACAGGAAGUGUGUGAAGAAGCUCAGAGAGCUGCUCAGCUCUCUGUUCACCCACUUAGAUCCUGCAGCUGCUGCCAGCAAGCCUGACCUUGGGCUUGACAUCCCCGGAAUGAGUACAGCUCAGCAGGAAUACUAUUCCUACAUCUGCUAUUCGAUCAACAUCAACUUAGUAGACCCAAGCUAGCAGCAGUGUGUGGAAAACACCUCAGGACAAUUCAUCCAUGAAAAAGAAACAUCUUUUUAUCACACGCACAUUGUGCUGUUUUUCAAAACGAAUGUUACCAAGUGUUGGCAUGAUGUCACCAUGCACUAAAAGUCUCAGUGGGUAGGUACAUUGGAUAUUCAUGAACUCUAAUAAAGAGUGUCCAAAGUACAAAGACA